AUUCUUCUGCACAGUAAACACCACUCUCAAAUCGAUUAGAAGUUUCACUCUAAAAUUGAUUAGACUCUUCCCGGUCUGGUUUGAUAUUUUUCUUCGUUAAUUUGUAAAACAAAGAACAAAGAUGCGCUUGGGAGCAACAGUGCCGAAUUUCAAAGCUGAAACUACCAAAGGACCUAUCCAGUUUUACAACUGGCAAGGGAACUCUUGGGUUGUUCUCUUUUCUCAUCCUGCUGACUUUACUCCGGUAUGCACAACUGAACUAGGAAGGAUUGCAGUCCACAAUCCUGAAUUCGUGAAAAGAAAUGUAAAACUUUUAGCGCACUCGGUCGAUAAAGUGAAAAGUCACGUUGACUGGGUAAAUGAUAUCAAAUCAUAUUGUCCUGAUAUCCAUGGAGACUUCCCAUAUCCAAUUGUUGCCGAUGAGAACCGUAGCUUGGCUGUACAAUUCGGAAUGCUCGAUGAACAACAAAAGGAUGAUCCAGAAGUUGCCAAAACUAUCCGAGCUCUGUACAUUAUUAGUCCUGACCAUGUAGUUCGUCUCUCCAUGUUCUACCCAAUGUCGGUUGGACGUAAUGUCGAUGAAAUAAUUCGCAGCAUUGAUGCCUUGCAGUUAACAACGCGCAUUACACAAAUAGCGACUCCUGCUAAUUGGACGCCUGGAACGAAAGUGGUAAUUGAUCCAUCCGUACCAGACGAAGAGGCGAAAGAGCUGUUCCCAGGCGGAAUUGAAUUUGUUACUAUGCCAUCUGGUCAAAAUUAUGUUCGCACCACAACUCACUAUUGAGUCGUUUCCAGAAGGACAUUGUGUAGCAACUUCGUAGAAAGUUAUAAUUAGAUGUUUUUUGGGAUUUGAUUGAAUAAAUGAUUGUGUUUUUGGGGAAA